AUGAGGAGACUGUUUCAAAAUAAAAAAGAUGUCUUAAUUAAGACAAGGAAGAAAGAUCAACAGGCUCUCACUCUCAUCCACCUAUGUCUGGAUAAUGGUAUGUUUGAGAAGGUGACUGAUGCAACCACCUCGAAGGAAGCUUGGGAGAUUUUACAAAAUUCUCUCCAAGAAGUUGACAAGAGUGAUACUGUUAUGAAUCAACUAAGAAGGUACGGGGAGAAAGUAGAUAAUGUGCGUGUGGUAGAAAAGAUCCUUAGCUCUUUAACACCCAAAUUUGAUUAUGUGGUGUGCGCUAUUGAAGAGUCUAAAGAUUUAGACUCUAUGACAGUAGAGCAAUUGGAAAGUUCUUUACAAGUCCACGAAAAAAAGAUGAAAAGAAGAUUAGAGCAACUUCUUAAAACUCAAACAUCCUUCAAAGAUUUUGGAGGUGAAAAAAGUUGCAGAGAAAAUGUACAACGACGAAGCCGUGGCUGCCGUAGAGGUCGUGGAAGAGGAAGGAGUAAUACCAACAAAUUCAACAAUGAAGAUAAAAAUCACCAAACAUUCAGAGGCCGUGGUCGUAGACAACUAGGAGGAAGAAGGCAUGGAGCUUAUCAAGGUACCAAUGAAAUGAGGUAUGACAAAUUUAAAAUUGAAUGCUACAACUGUCAUAAAUUUGGACAUUACUCUUGGGAAUGUUGUAGUAAUUUUGAAGAAAAGGCUAACCUUGUUGACAAUAACAAAGAAGAAGAUGAGUCAACAUUGUUAAUGGUACUUACAAAAUAUGAUACAGAUGAUUACAGGUUAUGGUAUCUUGAUAAUGGAGCAAGUAAUCAUAUAUGUGGAUAUGAAGAUAAGUUUGUGGAGAUCAAGAAGACGAUGAAAGGUAAUGCUAAUGUGCAAGAUGAGUCGCGGUAUUGGCACAUGCGAUUUGAACAUUUAAACUUUGAAGCUCUCAAAUCAAUGGGAGACAAGAACUUAGUUGAUGGAAUUUCAUCAAUCAAUCAUCCCAAUCAGUUGUGUGAAGCUUGUCUUCUUGGAAAACAUGCAAGGAGGAUUUUUCCGAAGGAAACCACGUCAAGAGCAACUAAUCCACUUCAGCUUAUUCACAGUGAUAUGUGUGGUCCAAUCGAUCCACCUUCUUUUUGUAAAAGUAAAUACUUCUUACUCUUUAUUGAUGAUUUCAGUAGAAAGACUUAG